GAACCGUAGCAGUAGCAAUUACCGUACACAACGACGCCAACAAUCCCAUAUAAGCACACAACAAAUCACAGUUGAUAUUCCAAAAUCUUUCAUAAUAUAAGAUUCACACAUUCCUUCAAUCAACACGCCCAAAGCCAGCGUGUAUCUCCAAUUGAAUCUAAACAUCCAUAACCCCUCCACACCAUGGAAAAUCCCGUCCUUUCCGGCCUUCGCUGUCUGCGAACCAGAACACUUCUUCGAAACACCUCGAUCUCAAGAUACUCAAACCUUCAUAGCUCUGCCACCCGCGCUGCACAAAGUACACGUUCAUACUCUACUCCAACAAUCAGUUCACCCCGCACUCUUGCACAAAGCGGAGCUCCUUGCCCCUCAUCAGCUUUCGCCCGCCUUAGAUUCUACAGCAGUGAAUCCUCUCCAUCCACAAUCGAAGGUACCGUAGGCGAAGGUGCAGAUGGAGCUGCGGCAGAUAAACUCGAAGCACCAUCUCAUCUCGACGAAGCAGAGAAGAAGAUUUGGAGUUUAUUAUACAACGAAAUUGCGCCCACAAAACUGCAGGUGCAGGAUAUAAGUGGUGGAUGUGGAAGUAUGUAUGCGAUUGAGGUUGUUAGUGAAAAGUUUAGGGGCUUGAAUAUGUUGAAACAACAGAGAUUGGUCAAUAAAAUACUGGGGGACGAGAUUAAGGGAUGGCACGGUGUACAAUUGAGGACUAGUGUGCCUUGAUUGGAGAAGGGGAAUUGACAGGAGGCAUUUGAAUGGUUAUAGAGAUAUGCAUAAUGCUGCAUUUGGCAGGCUUGUUGCAUGAAAGGAAACGUGUAGAUCGGGUCGAGGUGGCCUGGGCAUCUGAACAUUGGAAGAUGACAAUUCUAUCGUGUACAAUAUGGACUGAACACGGGAAUAUCGGAAUGCAGGAAUAAAGGAAGUAACGACGGAGUGGAAUUACUUCUAAUAGGAUGAAGCUUAAUGAUAAAAUUCAAGAUACUCCUCUCUCCA